GAUAACGGUGAAACGAUUGAAUAACAUUCGAAUGUCAAAACAUCGAAAACAUCGUAAAUUAUCAUUUCAUUAAUUAAUAAUUGUAUGAUCAUAAUUCAUAAUUUUAGACCAUAUUAUUAUAGUCACGGUACAAUAUUUUGGUAGCGGUAAGUCGCCAGUUAUGCAGCCUUACCGCGCAUGCGUGAGCAAUAUAAUAAACAAUGAUAUUAUAAUGAAUAGGUUCCCUAAAGAUCAAUCCAAGCGAUAUUUGUGGCUCACAGCUUGUGGUUUAACUGAAGAAGAUUACAAGCCUUCUAGAAAACUAUGUUCAAAACAUUUCGAAAAAGAUUGUUUUAAAACUGGGACUAAUUUGAAUAUUUUAUUACCAAAUUCAGUUCCCACAAAGAUUAACAAACAUGCAAAAGAAUUUUAUGAAUCAACGUGCAUUCAUAAGAUACCUAAGAUGUCCUAUCGCGAGGUACCUGAGUUACUGACUUCCCAAAUUGACGAGCAGACUGUUUCAACUGUGAAAUUGGAACCAGUUUCAACAGUGAAAUUGGAACCCGUUUCGGACUGUGAGAUGGAAACUUCCCAAAUUGAUGAUACUACUGAACAAAAGCCACAAAAAUAUUAUGAAGAUAGUGAAACUAUGCCAGACUUAGCCACUUGGAGGGAAGCCAAGCGUAAUUUCACUAAAGCUAAAUGUCAAAUAAUUAAACAACGGAAAAAAAUUAAAUAUUUAAAUUUGAAAGUAAGCAGACUCUACAAAAGACUGUCAUCUAUGGCUAAAUCAUUGGAUGAUUUGAAAAAAAAAAAAUCUUCCAACUGAACAAACUCAUGGCACUAUUUUGCAGUUGAUUGUGAGGAGUCUAGUUCGAAGACGAUGAUGAACGUGUCUGUUGAGAACAUUCUAGGUAUACCAAUUACAUAUAUAUUUGUAUUGCUGUUAAUUAUAUGGGCACAAGUUUUCUUUUAUACAUUAUAUUAAUUUGAUUUUUUUAUUUAAGAAACACCAAAAUGUCAAAAGAGACAUUGUUAUAUUGACGACAUAGAAACUCUUGAUUUGAGUACACCUAAACAAGCAAAAUAAAACAUUGUGAUGUGGCAUUAAAAUCUUGAAACAGAAGAAAAAUUAGUCAAAUUCAACGUAUUUUUUUUUAUCAUCUGAAAAAAACAAAAUUUGAUCAGUGAAGCAGUCUUUGACAAAUACUUCUCAGUCAACUAAGGAUAUGUUAAAUAGAGCAUUAAGAUCCUGAAAUGCCAAGUAUUCACCUGCUAUGCGAAUCUUUGCUGUUACUUUGCAAUUUUAUUCCCCAAAAGCAUACACAUUUGUAAGGAAAACAUUUAAAAAUGUACUGUUUUAUCCUGAAAUUGUGGUAUUCAGUUGUCAAUAGAAAGCCUGGGUUUACCAACCAGUUUUAUGCAAUAUUGCAAUAUUUGUAUUUCUGUAAUGACAGUAAGAAAACAAAUUUCUUAUUUAAAUGGUUAAUUAUAUGGAAAAGUGGAUUUAGUUACUAUACUAAGUAGUAAAGAAUAAAGAUGAUAAUCAAGAUAAUAACAUGAAGUAACAAAUGCUAUAGUUUUCUUGGCUGUUGGAAAUUGCCUCUUGGAUUUUAAUGGAUUUUCUUAUCCAUUGUUUUUUUGGAAGUGAUAAAGCUAAUCUUUUAAUCAAGUGUUUUGAAUUAAUGAAAUAAACAGAUGUAAUGUGUCAUUCAAUCAUAUUUUAUGGUGCUCCAAACAACUUUUCAACGUACAUUUCAUUGGGUGCAAACUUUGAUUACAUCUCUUCAUCACAAUCAAGCCACACUAGAACAUUCAAAUCCAAUUUAUAUCUUUCGGGAAACAGCAGAUUAUAUGUUAAAACUAGUUCCCUAUACUUUAGGUGGGACACAAGUUUUUCGAAAUGGGGAAAUAAUUAGAUGGAACCAUAUUGUUAAAUUACAAGAACUACAAGAGACUUCAUAGAUUAAAAAGAUAAUACAUUUAAAAA